AUGACAUCCCUCGAGCCCUCCACCUGGCUCGACGCGUCAGAAGGCGUCGCCCUCUCCACUCCCACUCUCAACGCCUCCGUCCCUACUCCCCCAAAACCAGGCAGCAUCCUCUCCUCCUCCUCUUCCGACAAGGGCAAGCUCACCGCCUCCCCCGCGGACGUCGAUGACGAACCGAUCGGCAUAGUGCUCUCCAAGGCACCUACGCUCGUCGCUUCUCCCACACCAGGAGAACUAGAAGAAGGCAAGGGUAAAGAGGAUGGUGAGGGAGGGAAGAAAAAGCAGAGUUGGCGCGAGGCAGAGGAGAGGGAAGCCAUAGUGCUACCGAAGAACAACCUCCCGUUGGUAUUUAUUAGUUUAGCACUCGUGAUGUUCCUCGCGGCCUUGGAUCAGACCGCCGUCGGUACAGCCCUGCCGACGAUCGCCCAGGAUUUGUCGAGUAGCGCGAGCGACUAUUCAUGGGUCGGAGUCAGCUACAUGUUAGCCCAAACUGCGUUGAUGCCCAUCUACGGCAAGACCUCAGAUCUCUUCGGGCGCAAACCCGUUCUCUACACCUGCAUCCUCAUCUUCCUCGGCGCCUCCGCUCUCUGUGGCGCCGCACAGAGCAUGAUCUGGCUAAUCGUCUGCCGAGCCGUGCAAGGCAUUGGCGGUGGAGGCGUUGUCGCGCUCGUCAUCACCGUCAUGUCGGACAUCGUAUCGCUCAAAGACCGUGGCAAGUGGUCCGGCUACCUUGGGACAACCUGGGGCUUCGCCGCCGUUAUCGGACCACUCAUUGGAGGUAUCUUCGCGGAUAAGGUCGGCUGGCGCUGGAUCUUCUGGAUCAACCUCCCCACGGGCGGCGCAGCUAUCUUGAUGCUGUUCAUCACAUUGCACCUCAAUCCGCCGAAGAAGCAGAGCGCGAUUGAGAUGGCGAGGAAGUUCGACUUCGUCGGAUUGGCGCUUAUCAUGAGCGCAACCAUCCUCGUCCUCUUGGGAUUGACAUGGAGCAUCUCCAACGGCUGGCAGGAUGCUAGGACGUUGGGCAUGCUUAUUUCUGGGCUCGUCCUGUACGUGCCUGCGAUCAUUUGGGAGUUUUAUACUACAAAGGACGCGAUCAUCCCGCCACGGUUGUUCAAGACCCGUACAACAGGUAUUCUCAUGUUCAACGUGUUGAUUCACGGUAUCGCCUUCCUAGCUGGAUCAUACUACCUCCCCGUCUACUUCCAAGCCGUGAUGGAUUCAGAUGCGCUUAUGUCUGGUGUACGGAUGAUACCCUUCUCUGUCGUUUCCGCCCUCACCAGCGUGGGCACUGGCCAAUUCAUUACCCGAACAGGCCGCAUCCGCCCUGCGUUCUGGGCCGGGUUCACCCUAAUGACACUCGGCUUCUCGCUCAUGGCCACGCUGGACGAGACCAGCAGCGUCGCACAGCAGGAAAUAUACAUCCUCAUCCCUGCCCUGGGAAUAGGCAUGUUCUUCCAAGCCCCGCUCGUUGCUGUGCAGGCAGCGAUGCCACUCAACGCGAUGGCCAGCGUUACCUCUGCGUUCUUCCUCCUCCGCAUGCUCGGCUCCACGAUCGGUAUCGCCAUAGGCGGCACGAUCAUGAAUACGCAGCUUGCGCAGCGUCUUCCAGCGCAGUACCAGAGCCUGUCCAACGCAAACAUAGAUUACCGCACGCUGUGGAAUAUCGAACCUGCUUCCGUUCGUCAAGAAGUGCUGCAUGCGUUCGCGAAGAGUAUAGGGGUUGUAUGGACCGCCAUUGCACCCCUGCUCGGGGUAUGUCUUGUCCUAAGCUUGUUUGUGAGGCACUAUUCUUUGCAGAGGAAUUUUGUCAAAGCGAAGGAUCUUGAGCAGCAGGAGAAAGCAAAGGCUGCCGCUGUUGCUGUUGCUGCUGAGGCACAUGUGAAGAAGAGGGGCAUUUAG